CGGUGUUAGCAAACCACGUGUAUUUGCAAAGGUUUUUCUGAAGUUAGAAAUCAUGUCGAGCGAUUCGGAGGUAGAAGAAGCUUCCACUCACGCAGCUACUUUAAAGAAACUGAAAUUUAAAGAUCCCGAUUUUUACGAAUUUCUAAAAGAAAAUGAUAAGGAACUUUUGGAAUUUAAAGAUUCAGAGAGCGAAGAUGAUGAGCAGGAAGCUGCUAAUGAUGAUGAAGAAGAAGUUGAAGAUGAACCAGAUAUCAAGAUUUCAGCUCAAAAACUAGCAUUUAUUAAAGAAAAUAUUGGGGAAGCACCAACAUUUAAGCUGUGCAAAGCGCUGAUACAAGCUUUUAAAAGUGCUGUUAACCAAGCUGAUGGAUCUGACAAGAAGAUUGAUAUGUCCAAUAGUGAGUUUUUUAAUGAUGUUAUUAAACUUUGCCUUAUUGAAUUAGUACCUGCUUUGUAUAAAGUAAUGCACAUAUCUGCAGCGCCAGGAAAGAAAAAAAUAGAUCCCACCAAAUCUAAAGUAUGGAAGAAAGCUCAAAUGUCUGUAAAAUCUUAUUUGAUUGAUAUGCUGAAAAUGAUAUCACUAAUGAAAGAAUCAUCUGUGUUAGUUCUCCUGCUUAAGCACACAGUUCAUUUGAUCCCUUUCUACAAUGUAUUCAUAAAAUUAUCACGUCAUCUUUUAAAGAAAAUGGUUACCUUAUGGUCCAGUGAAGAAGAAACUGUUCGUGUUUUGUCUCUAAUGAUUAUUGUUCGUUCUACCAAAUCACUUCCAAAGGAGUAUCUAGGACAGGUCCUGAAAGAAAUGUAUUUUGCUUACAUUAAAAAUACCAAGUUUACUUCUCCAACAACAUGGCCAAUGAUAAAUUUUAUGAAAAGGUCUUUGACAGAAGUGUAUGCAUUGAAUCCAGAAAUGGCUUAUGAGCAUGGCUUCAUUUAUAUACGUCAGAUGAGUAUACAUUUGCGUAAUGCAAUUACAACAAAAAAGAAAGAGGCAUUUCAAACUGUAUACAACUGGCAAUAUACACAUUGCAUAUUGCUAUGGUCACAUUUGUUGUGCAGACUUGUUGAUCAUGAACCUUUGAAAUCAUUAAUUUAUCCAUUGGUUCAGACAACUAUUGGAGCCAUCAAUUUGAUUCCUACUGCAAAAUAUAUUCCAUUAAGAUUUCAUCUGGUGAAAGCUUUGAUGCACAUAUCAAAAACCACUGGUAUAUUUAUCCCAGUUUUGCCAUUUAUUUUGGAUGUUUUGAAAAUAGUUGAUUUCAACAAAAAAUCAAAUUUCAGUGUGAAACCAGUUGAAUUUUCAUGUGCACUGAAGGUAACCAAGUCUCAACUUUUAGAGGCGGGUUUCAAAGAUUCUUGCAUUAGUGAAGUAUGCUGUCUACUAAUUGAUUAUUUAAAGAUUUAUGCUAGUUCUAUUGGAUUUCCAGAAUUGGCUUUACCUGCUGUUUUGCAAAUAAAAAAUUUUAUAAAGCAAUGUAAAGUAUCAAAGUAUAAUCAACAGUUGAAAACUGUUUUGGUGAAAAUAGAAGAAAAUAGUCUUCUCAUAUCAGAAAAGAGAAGACUUGUAACAUUUUCUAUUGCUGAUAAUGAUCAAGUAAAAAGAUGGGAAGAAAACAUUUGUUCGGAAGGCACACCUCUUUUACAAAUGAAGACAGAAUCAAAGAAGGAAUCUGUAGUUGUAGUUGAAGACAUGCCUCCCAAAAAGAAAAGAAAACAUAAGAAAUAAAUAUUUUGAUAUCUGUUAAAGUUUUUCUCUCUCUCUCUCUCUCUUUUUUUCUUUUCUUUUUUAUAUGUUGUUGGUUUUUAAAGUUUUUAUAAGGAAAGAGGAGUUUAAAUCAAAUAUCACAAAAAUAUGUUUUUAAAUGUAAUAGCAUGGUGAUUUCUGUAAAAUCAGACUUUUUAAAAAUAUUUAUAGUAAGAUGAAAUUUAACUGUGAGAGCAUCAACAACAUGUAUUUAAAUAAAAUUAUUUAAUUAAUAAUGAAUUUAUUUAUUUAGUAAAUAUAUUGCACUUUUUAUAUUAAGUGAAGUAAUCUGCUGUAUCAAUAAGGUACUCUUUUUCUAAAAUAAAAAGUAUAAAAUAA